AUGGAUGCCUCGCAAGAUUUGGAGCUCAGGCAUCGUGUCAGCCCACAGGAUCAAGAGGAUGAUAUCCCUGAUCAAAUGACAGUCGGAUCCGCCCUCCCUCCGACAGAUCGAGGAGCCAAUGCGUGGUUAGUCCUUCUAGGAGCAUUUAUGCUUGAGGGACUGGUCUGGGGGUUUGUGUACUCCUACGGAGUAUUCCAAGAGUUCUACUCUAGAACUCCCGAGUUCGAAAGCUCAAACGCACAUUUACCUCUAGUUGGCUCCAUAUCGUCUGGCUUGCUGUUUCUCUGCUCUCCGGUGCUGCUUCCACUCCUUCGUCAGUGGCCUAAUCGCAGAAAGCGGUGUAUGGUAUUUGGAGGCAUUCUUACUUGUGCCGCUCUCAUGGGCGCAAGUUUUGCCAAAGAUGUCACCGAUCUCAUCGCGACACAAGGUGUACUUCUCGCAUUGGGAGGCAGUAUGCUCUACUAUCCAACAUUUCUGUUUCUUGAUGAAUGGUUCGUUCGGAAAAAAGCUCUAGCAUAUGGGAUUUGCUGGGGAGCGUCUGGCCUUUCUGGUCUUGUUUUUCCAUACAUUAUCUCUUGGCUGCUCAGCACCUACGGAUUUCGGACCACAUUCCGAGUGUGGUCAAUCAUCGACCUAAUAAUUAUUGCGGCGGGCCUGCUCUUCCUCAGGCCGAGACUCCCCGCAGCCCAGAACGUUCGUCGCUACAGACCUCGUCUGAAGUUCACCAUGAAACCCCUGUUUCUAACUUUCUGCGUUCCGAAUAUUCUGAUGGGCCUUGGUUCUUAUUUGCCCGGAUUUUAUCUGCCAUCAUAUGCGCGUUCUAUGGGGUUUAGCGAGAUUGUUGCAACCACUUCUGUGUCUCUACUCAACGUUGGAACACUCCUCGGUAGUAUUGCAGGGGGCACACUUACUGAUCGGUUCUCUCCAAGGGGCAUCAUUAUCGUGUCGGCACUCGGCUCAACGAGUGGUGCUGCACUACUUUGGGGCUUCUCAGCAUCAUCCGCAUUACUUUGUUGCUUUGGGUUUACCCAUGGGUUCUUUACAGGCUGCAUGACAGCGAGCUGGCCUGGGGUGAUCGGGGAGAUUGUUGAGAGAGACACGACCCACACUUCCGACUCAUCUCUCGUAUUUGCACUCUUUGUUGCGGGACGUGGCAUCGGGAACGUUGCAUCAGGGCCAUUGUCUCAGUCUCUUCUCCAUUUGCCAAUGCUGACAAGUGCAUUCAAGUUUGGUUACGGAAGUCAAUAUGGCCCAAUGAUCAUCUUCUCUGCCAUUACCAUGGCGGCUGGAGGUCUAGGAGCAAUAAUUGACAUGACGGGCUUGAUAUGA